AGACUUCUAUAAAAUCCAAUGCGCAGAGCACACAGUAAACUUGCAAGUCUGGACACAAAUAUCAAAGAGUCUACCAGGGAUCGGAGCUGAAUCUUCUUCUUUUUGCCAAAGGAGUACAGCAUGUCCGAAAUGCUUGACAACAUCUACUCAAAGAACUUCAUGAACCUGGACCCAGAUGAUAACUUGCUCCUGCCACAGUCUCAACUCAAAGUCCCAGGGCAAAGUCGGCUGAAUCGGUCAGCCUCCUUCUUCUCGCCCCCCUCCUCCUCUGCCUCCUCGAGCCACAGCACAAGCACUGAGCAUGUCAACUAUAAUGACAACAGCAUCUGGUCAUCCAACAUCUGGAGCCAGGGCCCUGUCUCCAAACCAAAACAGCUCCCCUUCAGGCCCGACCGAUCCAUGAGCCUGACCGAAACCAGCAGCAGCCUGCUCUCCCCCUUCGGACAACUGAAGAACCUGGAGGCUUUUCCCGCAGGCCCUGCUACUACUGUGGCUCCACCACCAGGCUUCCCUCCCUCAUCUACCCUACCAGCCCAGGUCCAACCAAUGGUGUCCCCUAAUCGUUACAAGACUGAACUGUGCCGUGGUUUCCAGGAAACCGGCAGUUGCAAGUAUGGCAGUAAGUGUCAGUUUGCCCAUGGCGAGGCAGAGCUUCGAGGACUGUACCGCCACCCCAAGUACAAGACAGAGCCCUGCAGAACCUUCUACAACUUUGGCUACUGCCCCUAUGGCUCACGCUGCCACUUCAUCCAUGAGGACAAAAUGAGCGGAAGUCCAUUACCGUCUGCCAAAUUCCAGAACCAGCAGCAACCAACUCCCCCAUCAAUUCGCCACCAGCUCCGCCAGAGUGUCAGCUUCGCCGGGUUCCUAGGUUCCUCACGCAGCUCACCUCCUCCAUCAUUCCCUUCAUCCUUCAAUGACCCUAAUAUGGGGUUCAGUCGUGCUCCUUCUGUCUCUCCACCUCCUGCUGAUCUCCUCUCACCAGUGUUUGGUGACUCCCUGCCACGGGAGGCAACAGCAUUUCAGUUUGGUAACCAUCAGUCCCGUGCCAGUGCUGGAGACAUCCACAACAUUCCUCUCAUCCUGGAGACAAAGGCCUCACGUUGUGUGUGUGGCCAUGGAAAUAACUUUAACAGCAGCAACAUCAGAGCCUUCUCCAGUACAGAGGACAAACACCAGCAGGACAGCAAGCUGUUCCCUGUUCCUGGAAGCCAUGGAGGAUUCUUGAAGCCCACUGGACUCCAGCGUUUCUCUUCUGAAGACUCCCUGGAGGACAGCUACAGCAGCAGCAGUGGGGGUUCCAGUGGAAGUGAGUCUCCAACAUUUGAUGGAUCAACCUCCAAGAGGCUCACUGUGUUUGAACGCCUGUCCCUGUCUGACUAAACGGAUCCAAAGGGAGAGAGCAGAAGAGAACUGACACCUUGUUAACUGUGUACAUUCAUCUGGACUUUCCUCAAAUCCAGAACUGAUCAGGACAAGUCAACUUUUGAUGACACAACACUUAAAGUUCUUAAUUUAUGUUUGUAAAAAUGAAACUCAUCUUGGAUAAACUACAUAUACUAGAUGAGUUUAGUACCCAAAUGUUAUCAGACUCUAUUUUUAUACUUUAAAAUAUUGUGUAGCCUAUUAGACCUUUGUAUGUGGUCUUCCAUAAAAAUAACUCCUCUGUAGGUCUUGACAGUACCAGUAUAUAGCCUGGUUUAUACUUACCAUAAAUGUGUAGUGAUCAAAAUGGCUUAUUUUUAGUGAUAAUCAUUAAUUCCUGUGCCUUAAUGAUUCUCUCUGCCACAUAGGCUAUUUACUCUUGGUGCCACAAACAGUAUGUUUGAUUCAGUAGCCUUAAUCAGUGAGACCUGACAUGUGUCAUUGAUGCCAUUUUAUCUGUGAUAUGCACUUUACAGCUAAUUCAAAUGGGAGAAACUGUCAAGUCUCUCAGUAGCAUUCAACCAAAGCUUCAAACUUCACUCUGCUCUGUGUGUACGUGUGUGUGUGUGUGUGUGUGUGUCUGUAUACAUGCAUGUGUGGGUAUAUGUGUAAUUUUUCUGAGACCUGGGGUGCAAGCAUGUUUGUUGCAGAAUGCUGAAAGAUCAAAGUGUGCUAGUUGAAAAAUGUCUGUCAGUGAGGUUAGAUCUAAAAUUUAUAUCCUGACAUGUUUUAUAAGAUUUGGUUCUGUAAAACAUUCUGUUAUCUUUGCUAAUUUGCAAAUUGCACCCCAUCUUUUAUUGUACCCUGUUUGUUUGACAACCUGGUUCAGGGACUUUAACACCGCAGUAUUCCUUUCGGUUAUUGGUUGCCUUUUGUUGUUUAACUUAAACUAAUAUAUUUAUUACAAUAUUUAUUUGUGUUCAAAGAAAAAAUGUAUUUUGUACAUUAUUUAUGGAGAAAUAUGUCAAGGUCUGUGAAAUAGCAAUGUGAGGAAACGCAAUAAAAAAAAAAAAGAGAAUCUAUUUUUAAUUGCCUGAAAGGGACAAAAUAAAAUUUAUGAAUAAAGAAA